AAACAAAACCCCACUCCACAACGGAACUAGGUUUUCUUCUUCUCUCCCCGCUUCCGCUCCGAGUCUCUCCAGUAAACUGAUCCCCAAACCAAAGUCACCAUGCCGCAAGGUGAUUACAUCGAGCUUCACAGGAAGAGGCAUGGCUACCGCCUCGACCACUUCGAGCGGAAGCGCAAGAAGGAGGCGCGUGAGGUUCACAAGCACUCCGAACGGGCGCAGAAGUCGCUCGGUAUCAAGGGCAAGAUGAUUGCCAAGAAGAACUAUAAGGAGAAGGUUCAAAUGAAAAGAACAUUGAAAAUGCAUGAAGAGUCAUCAUCUAGGCGUAAGGUUGAUGAUGAGGUUCAGGAAGGAGCUGUUCCUGCCUAUCUGCUGGAUCGUGAGACUACAACUCGUGCAAAAAUUCUUAGCAACACCAUAAAGCAGAAAAGGAAAGAGAAGGCAGGAAAAUGGGAAGUUCCUCUGCCAAAGGUGAGGCCUGUUGCAGAAGAUGAGAUGUUCAAAGUGCUUAGAUCUGGGAAAAGGAAGACCAAGCAAUGGAAACGAAUGGUGACUAAGGCGACAUUCGUUGGACCCGGUUUCACAAGAAAGCCUCCAAAGUACGAGCGUUUCAUCCGCCCAUCAGGGUUGCGUUUCACCAAGGCCCAUGUUACCCAUCCCGAGCUAAAAUGCACAUUCAACCUUGAGAUCAUUGGGGUGAAGAAGAACCCCAACGGUCCAAUGUACACAUCCCUUGGAGUCAUGACCAAGGGAACAAUCAUCGAGGUGAAUGUGAGUGAAUUGGGACUUGUUACACCUGGCGGCAAAGUUGUUUGGGGGAAAUACGCCCAAGUGACGAAUAACCCUGAGAAUGAUGGUUGUAUAAAUGCUGUUCUUCUGGUGUAAGACGGGAUAUAAAAUAUUAGGGAGUAGAUGUGGUUAGCCUGCACCAUUAAGGGAACUGCUGAUAUCUUCUCUUUCCCUAAAUUGAAGAUGUAAACUGGGUUUGUAUUGACAAUGCAAUUUUGCUGCCUCAUCGUUCUGAUUAUUCUUCAGCUUGCUUCUCUGGUUGCUUAAACGUUUAUUUUAUUUUUAUAAAGUCUGGUUGCUUAAACGUUGAUCUAAAGA